AUGAUGACUAACAUUCCUGGCAUGGCUGUUCGCUACCACCCUUUCUUCCAUCAACAACACCUCAUCCCACUCGCCCACCGCAUCAUGAUGACAGCUCCCACGCGCAUGGAAGACGAGACGAGGCAGAGGCAGAAGCAGAAGCUCCGCCCGUUCUAUCCCCUAAGUGGAACCCGACAAGGGCAGAGCCAGGGUAGAAAUUUCGCCGACGCACGGGGCGCGGAGUGGGGCAAGCAAACAUUCUUCACAGAUGCCACGCCAUGUGAAGGACCACACCGCACCAAGUCGAUGAUGAAGUCGAUGAUCGAGCGCAUUCACAAACCAUCCAAGAAGCGUAGAUGGAAUGUCAUACAGUACUCGCCGAUGUGCUUGAAUCGUGAGAUCUUCUCUGCUCCUCAAACGCCCGGCUGGAAUCCUCCUGUCCAGCACGCCAUCCCACUAUGCUCACAGCAUUCAUCCUCCCAUUCCUAACUCCUGCCGACGAAUACUCUCCCCAUCCAACUCACCCAUCAUCUCCACCGAACUCUCCAUCAUAUGCUUCGUCUGCGCCUCUGACGAGUAUCCAAAAAUAUUCUCAACCAUUUCUCCCCCUCUCACCGCAAGAAUCGAAAGCAACGUAUCGGAAAGACCGUGUGUCUUCUCAUUGCAGCCCUGCAGCCACACACCAGCAUCAGAUUGCACAGUCCCAGGUGCAAACUCCACCGAGUAGUCACGCUUGACGGUCCACUUCUGUCCUUCAAUAUUUCCCCCGGGCAUGAGAUCGCGGAGCCCAAAUAACAUCUCCUCAUGAGAAUCUCUCUUAUACCCGCUGGCAACAACCACGAGAUCGACAACCAUAGUCUCUGUACAGCUCGGCUUGUUGGCGCAGUACUUUCCGGAGUUGUUCUGGAUCUGCAGUUCGAUGGCUUGGUUUCCGUUGUCCAUGACAUCGCGCAUGCCGGUGACUUCUCGGAAGUUCUUGAUCCGAUGCGG